AUGGGGAAAUCAUACAAAUUCACAUACUUCGACAUGAGAGGAUUGGGAGAACAAGUCCGAUUGGGAGAACAAGUUCGUUUGUUAUUGGUGGAUAACAACAUCCCAUUUGAAGAAAAGCGUUUUACUAAAGAAGAGGAUACAGAAUGGCAAAAGCUGAAAGUGAAAUUGCCAUUCGGUCAAUUGCCGACUCUGCAAGACGAUGAUGAGCUUAUCGCUCAAUCCGGCGCGAUCAUGCGACAUUUAGCGAGGAAACAUGAUCUUUACGGGAAAAACGAAUCUGAGCGUACUUAUGCUGAUAUGGUGUACGAUUCAAUGAAAGAUUGGCACUCUGUCUAUGCAAAAACCGUCUAUUGUGGAGAUCAAAACUUUGAAGAACUCCGCGAGAAAUACUUGACAACGAUUUUGCCGAGAGCUCUCAGCGCUUUCACGACGUUUCUCAAUCGUUACGAUAACGGAGAGCAUUUCGUUUUGGGGAAUAAAAUCAGCUUUGUUGAUUAUACACUUUUCGAAGAGUUGGAUUGUCAUUUGAGGCUUGAUUCGUCGUGUCUCAAAGAUUACCCACUUCUUGCCGCGUUUCACUCACGCAUGAACCAGCGGCCAUCAUUGCAGAAUCAUUUGAUGAAGCGUGCCACGUCGAAUGUGCCCGUGAACUGGUCUGGGAACGCCAAU